AGCUGCGCUUGUGGACAGUUCGUGUUGCUGCUGCUACCGAGAGCCAUAACUUAUAUGGUUCACUUUGUGAAAUAAUGGCGUGUUUUAGCAGGAAUAAUGUUCUCUCACUGUGGAGGGCGUCAUUUAAGUCAAGUCUAGAUGGAUAAUAUAUGAUCCAUUUCGCAAAAACGAUGAGGCCUAACAGAGGAAAGGCUAAAGAACUGACGAGUCGGGCUUGAGGAAUACAACACAAGCAGGAAUGGCCUCCCAGCUCCAGGCAUUCUCCUCCCCUUCGAUCUCCUCCAGUGGCAUCUCCCGCUCCAAGAAGCUCAAGCUGGAGAGCAAUGCGUGGGAUGUAAGCAGCCAAUCAGGUGAGAGUGGCUACUACCUGCAGAGCCCUGGCCAGACCAAUGGAUCCUCGCCCUCAGCUUCAGGGUUCACCUCGGGCUACGGCUCCUCCAGCCUGGUCUUUCCGCCCUCUGGGGGCUCCCGGGAUCAGACGGUGGUCCGUGCGGCAGACAGCACCGGAAGUGCCCCGGGACCUUCGUCCUCCUCUUCUUCCUCAUCCUCUUCUAGCCGGCGGGCCAAAGACGGGGCCUCAGCCUCACGAUCCAGCGACGGCUACCAGAAGCACAGCAGCAGCCUGAAGAGGAAGAGUGAGGAGGUCGACAGCAGCGACAGCGUCCAGAUCCUGGAAGAGCUCUCGGCUCCAGUGCUGUCUAACAGAGUGGCCGGAGGCGGAGGCACCACCACAGCACAGUCCAUCGCUCACUCCACCUCCACCACCAAGAGCAGUAACUCGCACAGUGAGGGAGACUACCAGCUGGUGCAGCACGAAAUCCUCUGCUCUGUCUCCAACAGCUAUGAGGUGCUGGAGUUUCUCGGCCGUGGCACCUUCGGCCAGGUGGCCAAGUGCUGGAAGCGUGGCACCAACGAAAUAGUGGCCAUCAAGAUCCUCAAAAAUCACCCCUCCUACGCUCGACAAGGGCAAAUCGAGGUGAGCAUCUUGAGCCGCCUGAGCACGGAGAAUGCUGACGAGUUUAACUUUGUGCGCUCCUAUGAGUGCUUCCAGCACAAGAACCACACGUGCCUGGUGUUCGAGAUGCUGGAGCAGAACCUCUACGACUUCCUGAAGCACAGCAAGUUCAGCCCACUGAUGCUGAAGUGCAUCCGGCCCGUGCUGCAGCAGGUGGCCACAGCGCUCAUGAAGCUGAAGAGCCUGGGCCUGAUCCAUGCCGACCUCAAGCCUGAGAACAUCAUGCUGGUGGACCCCAUCAGGCAGCCCUACAGAGUCAAAGUCAUCGAUUUCGGCUCAGCCAGCCACGUUUCCAAAGCUGUGUGCUCCACUUAUCUGCAGUCCAGAUACUACAGAGCUCCUGAGAUUAUCUUGGGUCUGCCGUUCUGUGAGGCCAUUGAUAUGUGGUCUUUGGGCUGUGUUAUUGCUGAACUGUUCCUGGGUUGGCCACUGUAUCCUGGAGCCUCGGAGUAUGAUCAGAUCCGAUACAUCUCCCAGACGCAGGGUCUUCCAGCAGAGUAUCUCCUGAGUGCAGGCACCAAAACCAGUCGCUUCUUCCACAGAGGCCCAGACGCCAGCUACCCGCUAUGGAGACUCAAGACGCCUGCAGAGCAUGAGGCAGAGCUUGGCAUCAAAUCCAAAGAGGCUCGGAAAUACAUCUUCAACUGUCUUGAUGACAUGAUGCAGGUCAAUAUGACUAAUCUGGAAGGCACCGACAUUUUGGCAGAGAAGGCUGACAGGCGGGAGUUCAUCGACUUGCUGAAGAAGAUGCUCACACUAGACGCAGACAAAAGGAUCACGCCAAUGAAGACGCUUAACCACCCGUUUGUGACGAUGACCCACCUUCUGCACUUUCCUCAUAGUGCACAUGUGAAGUCCUGCUUCCAGAACAUGGAGAUUUGCAAGCGCAGGUGCACCGCCUUCGACAAUAACAAGAACCUGUUUAGCAGUAACAAUGGGCCGAGUGCAGCCGCUAACCUCACUGUGACCUUCAGCAGCCAACUCAGUCAGCACAGUCAGCAGAUGGCGCCAUCUGGUGGUCAGUCUCUAUCUCUGAGCAGUAAUGUUCCUCUACUCAACUACCAACCGGGUCUGUACCAGCAGGCCACCAUCAACAUCCCAGGCCUUACACAGCAGAGUGUCCCGCUACAGGCCCGUCCCACACAGCUCUGCCCCCAGACAGAACCCUUCCAGCAGACCCUCAUUGUCUGCCCCCCGACUAUACAAGCAGGGCUUCAGCCGUCCAAUAAACACUCGGGUUAUCCAGUGAGGAUGGACAAUUCUGUCCCUAUGGUCCCUCAAAACCAGUCCACCCAGUCCCUGCACAUCCAGCCGGGCAUGCUGACACAGCAGGGCUGGCCUGCAGGCACACAGCAGAUCCUAAUCCCAUCUACAUGGCAGCAGAUGCCAGGCAUGGCUAUCCACGGCACCGGCCAGACUGUUCUCACUGACUCUCCUAUGGGCUCUCUGCUGGCCGACAGCUCAGGCCAGUCAAGCACCAACUGGAGGGGAAGACAUGGCAGCCAGUGUGAGGUCACACAACAAGACUCUGCACAAGGGUGUCACGUGACUGCACAUCCUCUCAACAUGGGCGCAGCCAGCGGCCGAGCACAGCAGAGCGGGGUCAAGAGGUCAAAAGGCCGUCAUGCAGAGAACAGAGCCAGGCCCAUCUCCUCCGGGGUACAGAACAGCGGUGACCCGUCUCAACCCAUUGUCAUUUCGGACACGCCCAGCCCAGCUGUUAGCAUCAUCACAAUCCCGAGCGACACAGAGGAUGAAGACGACACCAAGGUCCCACCCACCAGUUGCAGUGUGAACCAGCGGGCGAAUGUAAUCAGCUGUGUGACGGUCCAUGACUCGCAGGACUCUGACUCGUCCACCUGUAGCCCCCUCAGUCCCAAGCGUCUGCCCAACUUCGUCGAAAGCAGCAGUCACCUGUCCAAGUCGCUUGCUGUGGUCAUGCCCUCGGUGAAGGCCCAGCCAUGGGAGGGAGCACCACCAGAGCAAAGCUCUGCUGCCUGUGGGAAAUCGAAGAAGAGUUCAGCUCUGCAGUCCGCUAAAUCAGCAGUGUCCAACAGUGAGAGGCAUCAGAGAGCAGUGUCCUCCAAGUCUCAGCCUCUCAACCUGAGCCAGGUGCAGCAGUCCAUGAUGUCAUCAUCCCACGACAGGUCAGGAGGCGGCUCCCUGCGGCGUCAAACCACCUACCCCCCAUCAGGCCCCUCCCACUCGUACAGGCUGCAUGAGGCCUCUCUCUUUAGCUCUGCCCCCAACUUGUAUGCUUACCCCGCCUCCGCUGCGCUGGCCUCCGUCUCGCAGGCCGUGGACCAACUGCACAACUCAGCCGCCUCGUCCUCCUCUUCCUCCUCCUCCGGCCGUCACGCGCGUGCCGCUGGCCCCUACUCCACCUCUCUGAGCCUGCUGCAGAAGAGCAAUGCCAUGGGCCUGAUGAGUCAGGCGUCCGGUCACUAUCAGCAGCCGCCCCAGCAGCAGCUCCCUGGCCAGCCGUACCAGCGGCCAGCGGCUUACCCACUCAGCCAGCGGAAACUCAACCAGUACCCUUACCUCUGAAGCCCACCCACUGAGAGAGAGGUAUGAGAGAGAGAAGUCCACAUACUGGUGGAAGAGAGGAGAGAUUUUGACAUGGAAAAUAUACUUGAUUAUGGAAGCUGAUUAUUGUAGGUUUUUUAACAUACUUUUAACAAUGUAUUUGUUUUUAAAUGAGGUUUAUUUUAGAUCAUUGGUUCCCAACAGUGUCCUGGUGUACCCCAGCCUCGCACAUUUAGUGUAUUGCAAUAGUAAUGAUAAUAAUAAUGUUUAUAACACUUAAUUUCAGUUAUAGAACUGAAAGUGUUUCUUGCUCUAACACACCUGAUCCAACUAAUCAGGUAAUCAAUAAGGAUGAGCGAAUAAACACCAUUCAAUAAAAUCUGGUGUUCGUUCGAUUUUAGGCAUGUACUUCAGAAUUUAAUCCAGUAAGGUGUACGCAAAACGUGGCUGUUUCUGCGGUUUUAUGUACUCUUUUCUGUUAAUAACACAAGCUUCAAACGUAUUUUAUAGAGUGAAAACAGUGAUACUUUAUAAAGUGAAAACAUAGUGGUGCACAGAAAGCUCCAGUUCUACACACUGAACUUGAUAACAUGAUUUUAUUGUUGCCAACAGGGACGUGCACACAUCGUUACUCUUCUGGUGGCAGUUAUAAACAAGUGGCUUUCUUUUUUGGGCCUUGUGCCGGGUCCAUCAGGUUCAUGUGGUUCAAAAGAAAUAAAUCAUUUAUUAUAUAAAUAAUGGUUCUGGGACACAAGGAGGUCAUGUUGCACCCAUGUCAAGAAAAAUCACAACAUCUAAACAGCUAGAAGCAAAAAAUAUUAGGAAAAAUAAAAAAAGAUGUGAAAUUGUAUGAUGUAGGAUUGUAAGAUCAGAAUUGUAAGAUUGCAUUAGCAGCUGUUUAAAACGAUGCGGUGACACUUCAUGUGUGUUCAAAGAAAUACGAGUUAGUCUUCACCCUCUCAGCUUAGUAGUAUAAGCUCAUAACAGGAGAUCUGGCUAGCAAGUGGGAACAUCUGAAUAGCAAAUAUGGUAAAAGUACCCAGUCCUACUAAUUGACAAGUUGAAGUGGGUAUCAUGUCGCAAGACAUGAUCUUGUAAUGAUAAUACACAUCUGGGAACAACUUCUUUAACUGCUGCAAUGAAAUCUGCCUCAAACACGGGUACCUACCCUCUAAAACCCUAAAAAACAUUUCCGGAAAUGCAGAAACGUUGCUUUGGCGCGAGGGAGGGGGAACCCAUUCCCCCCUUUAUGCAGGUAACAGAAAUUCUAACAGAGUCUUACUUACACCAGCGAGAAAUUCUGCCCAUUUCACCAAACUUCAGCUAUUAUUUCAUAAAUUAAUGUUUUGGGGUUGUUUAGCCAGUUGGCAGGUUUUUCUGCUGCUGCUGCCCUGAGAGACAGGAGAAGGGUGAAGUGGACGACACGAGACUUAUGGCUGACAGGAACUGCAGCGCUAUUCCUCCCAUUGACUUGAAUAGAUGCGCUAUGUUGGUUUACCUUAUAUACCAUCUUUGCCUGAAUUCCUCUAGUCUGUUUGGGGUACAAUCAAUAGCUCAAGCAAGGCAAGCUAAUUAGAGAAACACUCUCCUUGGCUGAUGGAAGAGCUAACCACAGUGUUUAUUGUGUUAGAAGUUUAUUGUUACUGCAGGUAAUGUGUCCUCCGGCCGUGACAGACAUCAUUUGUUCCCCUAAUAAGUCUAUAUUCCCACCCACAUUUAGCCCAAAAUUACUCAUAGUUGUCCACAGACAUUCUCGUUACAAGACUAGGUCCACAGUUGGGAAACUCUUGAGUUCUAAAUCUAUGUUGAGUCUAACGUGCAGUUGAUGUGUGUCUAACAUCUGGCUGUUUACAUUUGUCGUUCUCUAAAUUUUAUGGAAGGUGUGACUGUAUAAACAGUAAUUAUUAUUGUUCUUUAGCACUCUUAGUGGCAGUAGGUGUUCAAAACACACAUCUAAUAUCCUCACACUGUUGUUGAACACCUGUAGGAUAUGGGUUUUAUUUAACAAAAGAAUUGUGCUUUCUUUUAACUGCCUUCGUCUGUGUAUUUGUUGUUUUAUAUGGCUUUUAUUUUCAAGUGCCCUUGGCUAUAUUAGCUCUUACGUUUUAAUGUAUAUUCUGUGUAUUUCAUUAACUUAUGUUGCUUUUCUAGUGCCAGACUUAAAGUCUAGCUUUGUUAAUGGAUAUUACUGUGCAGACAAUUGCAUGUUGUUUAUGUAGAGUCAUAGGCGCUACAUAGUAAAAUGUUUUAGGCUGUGUCAGCAAAAAUGAGUAAAUAAGAAAGAAAAUGCAUUGAAAACAUAAAUAUGAGAAAAGUAUCUGAAAACAUGGAGGCUGAUGUUGUGUAGAGUGGUGGAAUAUGUGAACUUGUUCAGCGUGUGCAGUGGAAGUAGCACACAUUGUCAAUAAUACAGUAGCCUAUUUAGAUAGCACUUAAAAAGAACGGUUACCGUGGAUGUUUACGCUAAAACGAACCUGUGCCUAGUAUGAUGUCAACCACCUUAUGUGUGCUGUGCUGACUUUGAUUGUUUUUUGUUCUGCUUGGGAUGCAGUUGUAGGCCAGCUGUUCAUAAAGCCUUGUAGGAGUUUACAUCUGAUCUAAUCUGAUCUAAGUAGCACUUUCCUGAAGAGCAGCAUUUGUGCGGCUGUGUUAGCCUUUCAUGAUAACUGACAUAAACUUACAUAAAUCUUUAUAAAGGCUUAUUCCAACAAGCAUCAGUGGUCAGAAAGGCCAUUGUUGAUGACAUUUCACAUCAGCUAGUGCUACGACAACAAGCGCAUGUUGGAAUAAGUCUUCAUAAACAUCUAUAGAGCUUUAUGUCACUUGUUAUGAGAGGCUUAUGUAGGUGUCGUAAAGCCGUAUGAAAGCUGCCUGUCAGUAAGUGUUAUCCUGAUCUUAGAUCAGUGCUUCUCUUUGCAGCCUUUCUGGACGCAGGCCCAGUGCUACAUGUUGGUCUUUCUUGUUUGUUUUCAGAUGAAUUCAGAUCAGUGCAAUUAUGGAUGUUUCUACUAUUCUAUCACAAUGUGAAAGUGGAGUAUAAAAGUAGAUCAAAUUACAGUAACUCUCCAUAAAUAUACAUAUUGUAUAUGCACAAUAAAAGUUUUCAGUGUACAUUG